AUGCCCUCCGCCGUACCGGGCUUUGCGCCCACCCUCGACUCGUACCUGCGGUCACUCAAAGGGCACGCGCAUCUCGACCUCACCAUACAGUCCCUCGUUGACCUCCUGAAGCGUCGCCAGAUCUCAGGUCCCGAAGACUGUGCCCUCGCCACCGCAAACUGCCUCCGCCAAGUAGUCGCAAAGUCGAAAUGGACAGACGCCGACACCCUACUCGCGAAUGUGUCCCGGGCAGGUAGCAAGCUCAUGCGCGCCCGCCCCAACGAGCUUGUCAUUGGCAACAUUGUGCGGCGCGUGCUCGGGCUCAUUCGCGAUGAGGCCACCGAGGAUAGAAACGACGGAGCGCCAAGCGAGACUCCCAGCGAGGGACAGAUGACCCCAAUUGGCGAAAUGAGCCAAAGCUUUCAUUCUUCAGCACCGCUCGAAGCCCCUCGAAGACCUGGGCCUGUGGGCGCCGCGAGCUCAGCCAACAUACCACGCAGUUUGUCGAUGCUCCUGUCCGCCAAGGAUGUGGCGGACAACGAAGGCACAAUCUCUCCGUUUGGUAACUCUGGCACGUCAACGCCAUUGCACAAGACGACCAACAGCCAGGUUCACGCAUUGCGGUCGGAGGUGAUCAACGGAAUACAGGAAAUCAUUGACGAGAUGGGCCAGGUGGAUGACCAGAUUGCCGCGCACGCCGAGGUGCAGAUUCGCCCCGGCGACCACAUUCUCGUUUAUCACCCAUCUCCUACGGUGCAGCGCUUCAUCCUCAGGGCCGCGCAGAAGCGCAAGUUUACCUUGUUGAUCCACUGCAUGCCCCAGCCGCGUGGUGCCACUGGGCAUGACAAGUACAAAGCGCUCCGAGAGAAGCUCAAGAGCCAGGGCGUGCAAACAGUUGUGAUGACAACAGGAGGCGGCAUGUCGUACAUGUCUCGCGUCAACAAGAUGAUUAUAGGUGCGAGCGCCAUCACUGCCAAUGGCGGAGUAGUUAGCGAGAACUUUUCGACAAUCGUCGCAGCAGCGGCCAAGCAGCAUCGCGUCCCGAUUGUCGUACUGGCCGGUGUUUACAAGCUCAGUCCAGAGUGUCCUUAUACCCAGGAGACGGCCGUUGAAUUCGCGGAUCCCAUGCAGCAUGUGGAUUUCUCGGAUGGGAGCCUUGUGCACGCCGUCGAGGUCAAGGCAGGCUUGACUGCCUUCUUGCCUGCCAACCUGAUCGACACGUACAUUACGAACCUGGGCACACACACUUGGGAGCAUCUAUCAGGGUUGAUCAGCGACCACUACGCCGAGGAAGACGUGAAUCUGCACCUCAAGGCGCCUCAAGAUGCUUGA